AUGGCGCUGAGCGGAGCCAGCCAGAGCCACGUGCAGCCCGUUUGGGCCGAGAUCCCGUCCCGUUCCGCAGACAUCGGCGCCCAGGCUGUGCCGAGGUAAGCCCGCCCCGUCGGGCAGGAACCCUCUCCCGAUGGCGAGGCCAUGGCCCGACCCUUCUCCUCUUUACUCUCGUUUCCCGCAAGCUGACCUUCUUCUCCCCCUCCUCCCGUAGCCGCGUCCCCAUUAGGACGCAGCUGAAAACGAUAAUCUACAAGUCCGUCUACCGUCGCAUCCUGGAGGAAGGCGAGGGCGACCCCAGCAACCUGAGCGCCCUGCCCGCCCAGAACCUGCUGGCGGACCCCUUCAACUCCGGGGUGAGUCUCUCUCCCUCCCCGUUGGGCGGGGGCUCCAGACGUGGGUCCCUCCUUCGCCCCUUCGCGCCGCUCCGUCCUCUCCGUCUAACGCUCCCCGCCUUCGCCCCUCCUGCAGCUGCCGAGCCCAGACAUCCAGGUGGUAAUGGACGUCAACGUCCGGGGUCCUAGAUAACAGCGCCAGCGUCUCCAUGGACAGCCGCCCCGUCAUGCUGACCUCCAAGUACCGCUAGGCCAGAGAAGCAGCCGGCGCCCUCCGCAGAAGUGCCGCCUGGACGUGGCAGCCUCGACCUCGUCCCUCCACACCCCCAAUAAACCUGCUUUUAGCUCUGACUGCUCUCCUGGAGUCUAUUUAGGCUGAACAGGGUGGGGGGGAAUAAUGGAGUUGGGAAGGACACUCAGAGUCAUCUAGUCCAACCCCCAGAAUCAAAUCGUCCCUGGCAGACGGCCAUCCAUCCUCUACUUAAAACCUUCCAAGGAAGGAGAGUCCACCACCUCCCGGGAGUGUCCCUUCCACGGGAGAAUAUCUCUACAGUAGGGGAGCCUGCAGGCCUGGAGGGGCCCAAGAUGACAGGAAACACCAUUUUGCCUCUCAAGAAGGGCUUGAGCCGGCAAUGCCCAGGACCCAGGCUGGAGGCUCAUCAGGAGAGGAGACAAGGAUUCUCCUUGGCUUCUUUUAAAAAAAUAAAAAAAUAAAUUUUUAUUAAUUUUUGAUUAAUAACAUCUCAAUUAAUAACAUAUCAAAUCUUGCCACGUCAUAUCCAAAAAAACAACAAAACAAUCCAAUUAAACAUUUCAUAUUGAUUAAUUUAAUGGGGCUUCCCAUUUUCUGGCUGGUCUGGAGAUAGUCUUAUAUUUGUGUUCCUGCAUUUUCUCUAUUAUUUCCAAAUGUCUUCAAACCACACACCACCAACUUCACCACACCGGCUCUACACAGUCGUAUCUUGGAAGUCGAAUGGACUCCAUUCCAGAAUCCAUUCGACUUCCAAAACGUUUGGAAAUCAAAGCGCGGCCUCUGAUUGGCCUCAGGAAGCCCCGUCUGACGUUCAGCUUCCAAAAAUAGUUUGCAAACCGGAACAGUCACUUCCAGAUUUUCAACGUUCUGGAGGAAUAAGCUGUUUGAAAACCAAGGUACGACUGUACAUUCAAAACACUAUUAUAACACUUGAACAGUUAUGGCCUCUGCUCAAUAAUUCAUUAGUAAGUCACCCAGAGUAGCUGGAACAACCCAGGCAGUUGGAAGAGGUACAAAAAUUAAUUAUUAUGGAAAUAGGAGGUGGCAAUGGCAGCCAUCUUGCUACCUCAUAGAACCACUGCAAUGGAGACAACAUGGUGGACAAAAGAGGCUAACUAACUGAAUAAGAGCAUCCAGUCCAACCCCCACAAUGCAGGAAUGCGAACAUUAUUUUGCUCAUGUUGAACAGGGGGAAAGGGGCUGAAAUGGAGAGUGGCUUGCCUAAGACUGCCUAGCAAGUUCAUGACAAAAGUAAAACCUUUGUGCUGCAUAAUUCUGAAGGUGUCAGCUUCCCCUGUAAGGAUUUGGAUGUCUCUUGUCUAUCAGAGCAGUCUAGUACCCUGCCCACCUGCCCCUGCAGAAGGCUCUCGCUUCCCACGUCUGCCAGGGAGUCCCAUGUCCCCUCAGUGUCAGAAGAACCUGCAUCAGAAAAGAAACACAGUGUGGUUUGGCCAAAACUGGCUGAAGAGAGCAAGGAACGAUAUCAGAGGUUGUUCAGUCGCCAGAGGUGAAGUGCUGCUACUCUCAUUUCGUCCUUGGAAUAUCAGUCAGUUAGGAGGAGCUGCAUAUUUCCUUGCAAUGAUGCGCCCUUUCAAGCAGCGGGCUCAUGGCCUGAGGGAAGGGGCCUUGAACCAAGAGCCUCCUGGUCUGGGCUUGGGACCUGCCAAGCUGCCCAGAUUGUUUUUUCUACCUCUUCAGCCAAGAGGGUAGUUGCUUACUGAGCCCAACUAGCGCUGCCUACACAGAUGUGGGAGGGGCCACAAGGCCUGGGGGGAGGCCCCACACCCCUGUGGUUUGCACAACAACAGGGAAAUUAAGAAAAAACCCCAAAGGGGAAGAACUCUCCCAAUUGCCCAAGAACUGAGAACCCUCAAUGGACACAGUGUGCAGACUGAUUGUCAUUGCUGGGUAUGUUUUGGGGGGCGAGGUCUCUGCUGCUGGUCUCGUGGAGGCCCAGCCUCCUCCAAUACUUUAUUGUGGACCCCAAAUGGACCUCGGUCCCUAGGAAUUGGGUUCUGAGGUGGCCAUCACCAUGAUGAUAUUACCCAGCACCUGCAGGAGAAGCAGAGGUGGGGAGCAUUGGGCUGGGAGGGUUGAGCGAGAGGAAAGGAGGGACGCCCCCUCCAGAGCCCCCCUACGGGGAGAGAGAGAGACUCCCUUGGAAGGUCAUCUCCUCCUCCAGCAGGGCGCUCAGGUUGCUGAGGCCGUCCGCAAUGCUGUCUUGGGGGGGCCCUGUGAACACUUGGAAUAACGUUCUGAGAGCAAGAGCUGUUUGACGAUGGAACAGACUCCCUCUGAAGGUGGUGGACUCGCCUUCCUUGGAGAUUUUAAAGCAGAGGUUGGCUGGCCAUCUGUCUGGGAUACUUCAGCUGAGAUUCCUUCAUUGCUGGGGGUUGGGCUCGGUGAGCCUCGGGAUCCCUUCCAACUCUAUGAUUCUGUGAUGCAAAAAAAGACAUAUCUUAACUCCACACAUAUAUAUUCCUGGGUCUGAACUGGCAGUGGCCAACCUGGAUCGAGACCUUAAGAUAGUAGUGGAGAGCUGGAUGAAAAAGCCAGCCCUGUGUUCUGCAGCUGUGAAAAAGGCCCAUUCCAUGCUGGGUGGGAGUCACUUGAACAUGCAUUUAAAAACAAGACUGUGGCUACCAGAAUGCCAUUCUACAAAUCUGUGGUGCAAAAACACUUGGAAUACUGUAGAUCAGCGGUUCCCAAUUGGUAGUCUGCAAAACUCACCUAGAGGGUCAGUAUGUGGCUGCCACAUACCCGUCAACAGUCUGGGACAUCCUGUUUUCUUGGGGGGGUGUCAUGCAAAAUUGUGAUGCCCCGAAGUGCUCACGCCUUCUCCUCCUCCUUCCCUCCCCCAGUAUGGCCAGCCUGCAUAGAGCACCAGCCCCACAUUACCCCCACAGCUGCCCUCCCAAGAGACUCUUCUGCAGGUGCCUUCUUGCCUGGCUUCCAUGCUCAGCCUUUGGUGGACAAGGGGAGAAAUGGCCUGCAAGGUCACACACGCUUCUCUUCUUUUAGCUUCUGGGUUAGCUGAACCGGGGAAUUCUGCUGCCACUCACACUUCCACCUUCUCAUAGAUGUGGCCUACACCCACUCUGCCACUCAUAAGCGUGCACCAAAAGUGUACGUCUGUGUUUGGAUAGCAAUACAUGGGCAGGUCCCUGCAUGAUGGCCUAUAUUACCUAUAAUAACCACUUGGUUUGGUGUGGAUAGGAAUGUAUGUGUAGGUGAUCCACCCUGGACACCUAUAAUGACCACCCACUUUGGUGAACACAGGAAAUGAACCCUUGGUUGCAGUCUGUGGCGAAGGUGUCAACUUAUCAUCCCUGGUUGCUGAUCCCCUGGAGUUCCUUCCAGGACAGUCUUGAGGGCUCCCUGCUGCCUCCAACUUUGUCUCUCAACACAUAGUGACUCUGAAUCUGCACCCGCUCCUUAAACUUGCUACUUCUUUCAAGUAUAAAUCUGGAAUGAUUAGAGGCGCCCUCUUUGUUGGUGUUGGUGGUGUUUGUGUUCCUUGACAUCCACUGGAAGAAUCUUGUUCCACCACUUGCUGUGUCCAGCACCAAAUAUUGAACAAAGAGGGGCAUCUGAUUAAUACCCAAGUGAUUGUGCAAGGCUUUCCCAUAAAUAGGUUUAUGGGGAAAAACAGAGGAAGAGACUUCAAGCAACAACUUGGAACGUAAAAAGAAAGAAUAAUACUGACCCAAUCUAUAGGUCAGCCCAGCAUAAUUGAGCUGUAAUUUCUAGGCUCCUGAACUGGGGCUCAGUUCCAAACUGGACCAUUUCCCCAUGAAUCCUAAUUAACGAAUAAGCAAUUAAACAAAAUUGUUCUUUCUCAUUUCAGGGUUGGUAGGAAAUGGUCCAGUUUGGAACCGAUCUGCAGUUCAGUAACCUAAAAUACAUUUCUAAUAAUCCAGUCUGCUUCCCACAUAUAUUUAACCUCACUAAUUAGACUGGGCUGAACUAUAGAUUGGGUAAGCGUCGUUCUUUCUUUUCAUGUUCCAAGUUGUUGCUUGAAAUCUGCUCCUUUGUUUAUUUCCAUAAACCUGUUACGCGUUGCAUGAACUCUUCAGUCCUGUGUAUUUUUAAGUAAACUGAACUAGAUUCUCAGCCCCACCCUCAACAUGUUCCCCCUUUGGGCGGCUUGGAAUGGGGAGAACGGUCUCUGCUUUCCUGCUGCUUCGCCAGUCCUGAUCCCCACAAGAACCUGCCCCCUUCUUUCUUUGGGAAUUGGGAAGAACUCUCCCAAUUGCCCAAGAACUGAGAACCCUCAAUGGACACAGAGUGCAGACUGAUUGUCACUGCUGGAUGUGUUUUGGGGGGCGAGGUCUCUGAUGCUGGUCUCAUGGAGGCCCAGCCUCCUCAAAUACUUUAUUGGGGACCCCAAAUGGACCUCGGUCCCUAGGAAUUGGGUUCUGAGGUGGCCAUCACCAUGAUGAUAUUACCCAGCACCUGCAGGAGACCUGUGCCCCAGUAAGCCCGUCCCGUCGGGCAGGGACACACUCACGCAGGCGAAGCCGCUGUUCUGACCCUUCUCUUUACUCUCAUCUCCUGCAGGCUGUUAGCCACGCACCCCACCGCCCACACCUGCUUCUCUCUUCCUACUGUAGCACCUCUCCAGCUACAUCAGCCUGCAGGGAAAGAAACUACUUUGGUUUAUCCGCAAGGACGCCGGACUCCUCGUGGACAACAUCGUCGACACCCUCAAGCACCUGAGCGUCCCUGCCCGUCCAGAACCUGCUCCUGGACCCCGUCAACUUCCAAGUGAGUCUGGGGGGAGGGAGCUGCGGGGGCACGUUCCUCCUUACUUUCCUCCACUCUUACUCUUACCAGGGGUCAGGAGACUUUUUCAGCAGGGAUUGGUCCACUGUCCCUCAUACCUUGUGGGGGGCCUUAGUUUGCCUACCCAUGUCUUAGACUCUCGCUCUUCUGGCUCUUAGCCAGCACAUGACUCAACCUUCACAUAGGAUGGAGCCCACAAGCAGAAAGUCUGAGAUGUAGCUCAGACUUCUUUUCACUGUAACCACAAGAUAAAGCCUGCCUUCAGAUUACUGCUGUGAACUGAAUGUGAGUUUAAAAAAUAAAUCUUACUUUUAAAGAAGACUGUGUUGUGUCGUUAUUAUAUUAAGAGGGAUGUAAAGGGGAAAGUUACCGAGAACCAUUCAGACUGGCCAAGCCGGACUGGAUUGCUUAAUUAAAGGAUUCUAAUGAAGCAUCAACUUACUUCCAGUCAGAUGCAAAGGGAAUGUGCUCUGCUGUUUAUUCACUAGCAUGAGUGAGAAGGGAUAUCAAAACAAUAUAUCCCCUCCUGCCUUCCUUAACAUUCCCACACCUCCUUCCCUCCUUUGCUGCUUCUGCUUUGCUGCCUAACUCUCCUUGCUUCCACCACUCUCUCACAGAUGCUGAGCCAAAGCAUGCAGACGGCCUCAUCGCUGUCCGGUGCUGA